AUGUGACCGUUUUAAAUAUCGUUGUUAAGCAAGUGGCUACCAGCAGACAAGUGGCUACCAGCAGACAAGUGGCUACCAGCAGACAAGUGGCUACCAGCAGACGAGCGACUAGCGGGCGAGCAGACCUGAGAUGGUGAACUUGACAUGCACCCCCGGGGCGCCUGUCGUCCAGACCUUCAACUCCUCCCUGACCAUCGAGUACGACGCCCCUGAGUUCCCUGAGAUGGCCGUGACCGAGGUGGCCCUGAAGAUCACCUUCUACGUGUUGGCCAUGCUGGUGGACCUCGUGGGCAAUUUCAUCGUCAUUCUCAUCAUCCUGCUCAACCGUAAGAUGAGGACAACGACCAACGUCUUCAUCCUGAACCUGGCGGUCAGUGACCUCUUGGUGGGCAUGUUCUGCAUGUGGGUGCACCUGGGCAACCAGAUCUCAAACAACUGGCCCUUUGGCUACUUCAUGUGCAUCUUCUCCACGUUCGCACAGGUGACGGCCGUGACGACCAGCGUCCUGACCUUGACCGUCAUCUCCGUGGAGAGGUUUGUGGCCAUCGUCUUUCCCUUCCGCGCCCACUGGCCGCCCGUCACGACAGGCGUCAUCAUCG